GAAAGUGAAGGGAAAUGUCAGCGAUAAGUCAGAGAGCAUCAAUUUGAUGCUGUCAUAAUACGUUAUCCAAAAUUCAUGUGAUAUUUAAUGACUAUAACUCUAUUUUAUUCGCACUUCUGUCCUCCAGCCAGAUCGGCCUUGCUCAUAGCCAAAGCACUCAAGCUCAAACUGAAGAUAGAAGAGGUGGACCUUUUAUCUGAAAGUUACAAAUUAACGCCCUUCAAAAGGCAGCAUCCGGAAAAGACUGUACCAUGUUUGAAAGAUGGGAAUAAUUUCGUUUGGGACAGUCACGCCAUCGCUGGAUAUCUAGUGAAUCAAUACGGAGUGAAAAGUAACCUAAUACCUAGGAAUAUAAUACAAAAAGCCGAAGUUGAUAGAUUACUUCACUUUGAUAGCGAGUAUCUCACUCCUUUAGCGUGUGAUGCUCUCGUUCCUGUUCUGUUUCAGAGGAAUCAUCUGAUUUCGAAGUCCCUGAAGAAAUCAGUAGGUGAUGUCUAUUCUAUUCUGGAUAAGCAAUUGCAUAAUUCCAAAUGGUUGAUUGGAAAUGACAUAACAAUAGCUGAUUUAUGUUGUAUCUCAUCCAUAAGUACUUUAGACUUGGUCAUCCCCAUUGAAGAAAACUCGACGUUGUUUGGUUAUGUGAAAAAUUUCAAGGAACUACCAUAUUACCAGGAAGGUAACCAGGAGGGUUUGAACAUCAUGGCCGAGCUUGUUUUGAACAAGAUUAUAUCAUACAAAUAUGGUUAUAUCUUAUGAGGCAA